AUGUCGACCACACUUGAUCUUAAACCCUUAGAGGGUUCCUAUCGCUCAACCGAAGAACCCCACGUAGAGGCUCAGCUUCACCAGUGUAUUUUAUAUUGUAUUGAAUUGACUCCAGAUAUGUUCCAAAGUGUCGAAGACUUGAAUGGGAAAGUUCAAUUGGUUGAGAUUUUAGAGUCAAUAAAAGAACUAAUGUCUCAGUUGGUGAUAGUGAAACCAGGAACUGCCAUUGGUUGUUAUUUAUAUCAUUCUGGUAAAGAGACAGGUGGGAAUGGUAUUUAUGAAUUGCUACCACUACAAAAUAUAAAUAUUAGAUCCAUGAAAAAACUAAAUGAUUUACUGUACGAUUUUGAACAUGGUACUGACCCUGUAACUUACUUCGCGUAUGAUUCAAAUAACUUCGUGCCACUUGAAACAUUAUUCGUGUAUAUUCAAGAGAAAUGUGGUAUAACAAACCCAGAUAAAAAAAGAUACGAAAUUAGAUCUGUAUUUUUAUUUACAAGUAGGGACUCUCCAAAGGAAAUGAAUGACACAGAAACUGUACAAAGAUUGAAAAGGAUUGUAGACGAUAUGACCGAUAACUAUAUUACUUUCGUGCCGUUCUUUAUAAGUUCAAAGGAAACCCCAUUUAAUACAGAGUUUUAUAAUGAUGUGUUACGUUUUAAUUCCAGACCAUGGUCGGACAAAUCUAAAUUCUGGAAAGUGAAUACAGACCCAAUUUCAGCAUCUUCUAUCAAAAUGAGAGUACAGCAAAGAAAGGAGUUGAAGAGAAUAUUGUUUGUGUGUCCUUUAAUUCUAAAUGAACAGAAUAAUUUUGUAGUGGGUUUAAGAGGUAAUAACAUUUUAAGUCAUGAAAAGCCAGGUUCGCGUUACAAAUUAGUAUAUGAGAAAGAAGAUGUUAGGUAUGAGGCUUUCUCUCAUAGAAAAUAUUUAGAUCCUGCCACUGGGAAAGUUAUAGAUAAGGAUGGUCUACUCAAAGUUUAUUCGAUUGGGGACCUGAAUGUUGACAUACCAGAUGAUAAGUUGAUGAAUCUGGGAGAAGAUGUCGCGGGAUACAGUUCAUUUCUGAAACUAAUUUGUUUCAGAUCAUCAUCCCUUUGCAUAAAAUAUUAUAAUAAUAUUGACAAAACUAUAUUUAUUUCAUCAGAUGACAGGAGUUACGAAGGGUCAUAUGAGACCCUGUCUUCCCUCUUCAGAACAAUGAAGGAAAAAGAUAAAUGUAUGAUUGUUUGGGGUAAUGUUAAAAGUAAUUCAAAUCCAGCUCUUUAUGUGAUGUCACCGGCAUAUGAUCCAGGGCUAUAUGGCGGUUUCUUUCUCUGGAAGAUACCAUUUGUCGAUGAGGUAAGAAAGUUUCCCCCUCUCCUUACAUAUAAGAACAUUGAACAAUCAACAGAUUAUAAAAAUCUCUGCAAAGUUACAGAAAAUAUAGUAAACUUUCUCACCUUGAAAAAGGGAUACAACCCAGCAGACUAUAAAAACCCAGGUCUCCAAAAGCAUUUUAAAGUUUUAAGUGAUUAUAUUUUACAGACUCCUGUACCUGACAUUGGUGAUACUGAUAUAACUCAAGAGGAUGAUACCCUUAGGAAAAUUAUUAACGUAAGGGAAAACAUUUUAGCAUCGGCUUCUUCUAAAGACCCUCAACUACAAAGGUUACAUAAAUAUGUUAACGUAUGGAAUGUUCUUUAUUCAAAGAUUGCUGAUGAAGAAGCGUUGGGUGUAGGUGUCGUUAGAAACAUACCAAAGAGGACUAAGCCAUCCAUGAAUUUAUAA